AUGAAGACUCUCUACAGUGCAAGAUAUGGCGUGGAUCACAUAUGUUUCACGCAUCACACCAAUGCUGUGAUUUUUUCCUCCAGCAAUGGAAGUGAUGAGUCCUUUCGGUAUCUAUCGUUGUAUGAUAAUAGAUUUCUACGAUAUUUCAGAGGACACACGCAAAGGGUUGUAUCACUAUGUAUGUCUCCAAAGAACGAUUCUUUCAUGUCUGGGUCAUUGGAUCACACUGUCCGGUUGUGGGAUCUUCGCAGCAAUGUUUGCCAAGGUCUUCUUAGAGUCCGGGGAAGACUGUCUGUGGCGUAUGAUCAACAAGGCCUGGUAUUUGCUGUUGCCAUGGAAGGCGGAGCAAUCAAGCUGUUUGACGGAAGGUCUUUCGACAAGGGACCUUUUGACACUUUUCUCGUGGGUGGUGAUACCGCGGAAGUCGCUGGCAUGAAGUUUAGCAACGAUGGUAAAAUGAUGCUUCUCUCCACAACAAACAGCCGGGUGUAUUUGCUUGAUGCCUACUCUGGAAAGAAGAUGCAUGGAUUCACGCUCAAGCCCAGUCGAGACGAAGAAACGUUGGAAGCAUCGUUCAGUCCAGACGGUCGCUAUGUUAUCUCAGGCUCCGGGGAUGGAAGUUUGAGAAUAUGGAGCUCCUUAAGCGGUGCAGAGGUAGCGUGCUGGACGAACAACGCUGGAAUUCCUGCCGUGGUGAAAUGGGCUCCGCGAAGGCUCAUGUUUGCGACUGCCUCAUAUGUUUUAGCGUUUUGGAUACCCGACGUGUCCAAAUUGUAA